AUGCCAAACGACUUGGUCAACGAAUCGAUGGACGCAGUGAAAUCCCUCACACCAGCCACAUUCCAUAAGACCAGCUGGGACCUAUCUCUACUACCCACCCACCAACUAUUCUGGUACAUCAGAAGAAUCGGAGGAGGAUCCGCAACAGUCAAAGGUAUAGCUACCUACCUAAAAGCCAACUUCAAACCAAUGCAAGAAAUAUGGACGCAAGCCGUCUCAAAUGGGAAUUCCAUUUCCCCUACAAGACAUCCUACAUACCCGGGACAAAUCCAGACACGACCCUUCGUUCCGCAUAGAACUAGCAGACAACCCAACGCGGAAUAG